CUUAGCUUUUAAGAAAUGUUCUCACUAAAGUUCCUAGUUUUGGCCGCACUCGUCGCAGGCAGCGGCGCGAAUAAUGAUAAUGGAUUGGUGAUUAAAAUAGGCGCCAUUUUCUUUGAUACUGAAAUGGAUCUGGCCGAGGCUUUUGAUGCAGCUGUGGAGGAGGUAAAUGCUUUGACAACAGACCUGAAACUGGAACCCAUCAAGCACUAUGUAACUGUGGAUGAUAGCAUUGUGCUGCAGGAUUUAUCUUGUGACUUGAUUGGAAAUGGUGUCGCUGCUAUUUUGGGACCAAGUUCAAAGACAACCAGCGAUAUUGUUGAGGUCCUGUGCAACAUGACGGGCAUUCCACAUCUCCAGUUCGACUGGCAUCCACAACAAUCCCCACGUGAGCGUCUCAAUCAUCAGUUGACUAUCAAUGUGGCGCCCUCGGAACUGAUAAUCUCCAUGGCCCUAUCUGAUAUAUUGCGCAGCAAGGCCUUUGAUUGGAAGUCCUUUACUAUUGCCUAUGAACGGGAUACGCAUCUUGCCCGAUUGCAGCACAUUUUCGCUUGGAAGCAGCUACACAAAACCGGCAUUAAGCUCCAGGAGUUUCAACGUGGCGAUGAUUAUCGAAUACUUUGGAAACGCAUCAACAAUGCGCGUGAGAAAUUCGUGCUGCUUGACUGCCCCUCCGAUAUAUUGGCGGAUGUGAUCAAUGCCUCGAUCAGUUUCAAUAUGACCGGCUCCUUUAAUAAUCUAUUCCUAACCAAUUUGGAUACGCAUGUCAGCGGUAUUGAUCGCUUCUACUCAAGUAAAUUCACAGUUGCCGUUGCAGCUGUGAGGAUUCGUUCCUAUAUUCCUCCACCCGUUCAUGAUGAGAUUGAUGUGUUUGACAAUGAAGCCGACGAUCGGUUUGCCUCGUUGAGCACUCAGCUCGUCUACGAUGCGGUGGUUCUGUUCUACAAUGCUGUUCUACAAUUAAGUCAGCAUACCGGUUUCUACACACCACAGUUUAGCUGUGGGCGUGGCUUUUGGCAGCCCGGCCCACAUUUAGUGCAACAAAUGAAGCAGCUCACACCGAAGCAAAUCAAGCCGCCGUAUAAAACACAGCGACUGCAAUUAACCCCGGAUGGCCAGCGCGAGGACUUCAAUUUGGAGGUCUACAAUCCGAUCAUCGACCGUGUGACGCACAUCUGGAACAAGGAUUUUCAGCUGGUGGACAUUGACAAGAUCAGAGAGAACUCAUCGCAGGCAUUGAAACAGCGACGCCUUGAGAACAAGGAGGACUUUUCGCAAAAGCCCGUCCGAUAUACAGUUGCCACACGUGUGGGCAAACCCUAUUUCAGCUGGCGCGAGGAGCCGGAAGGCGUGCAUUACGAGGGCAAUGAACGUUUCGAGGGCUAUGCCGUGGAUUUGAUCUAUAAGCUGGCCGAGGAAUGCAAAUUUGAUUUCAAUUUCGAGCCAGUGAGGGAUAAUAAAUAUGGCAGCUAUGAUGCGGCCACCGAUGAAUGGGACGGCAUAAUUAGGCAGCUAAUUGACAAUAACGCACAGAUUGGCAUCUGUGACUUGACCAUUACUCAGGCACGCCGUUCGGUUGUGGAUUUCACGGUGCCAUUUAUGCAGCUGGGCAUUAGUAUCUUGUCGUACAAGCAGCCACCACCACAGGCGGAUAUUUAUGGCUUUCUCAAUCCCUACGGUGUGGAUGUUUGGCUCUAUGUAAUGGUUGCCAUGCUCAUUACUGCGAUGGCGCUGAUUUUGGCCGGCCGCAUGGAUUCAUACGAGUGGGAGCCACCGGUGCUGAAUGAGAAUAAUGAACAGGAACGUGAAAAUAUCUGGCACCUGCACAAUACCAUGUGGCUUGUACUCGGCUCUAUACUCAAUCAGGGCUGUGAUCUGUUGCCCAGGGGUCUUCCCAUGCGCCUGCUGACUGCCUUCUGGUGGAUUUUCGCGCUGCUCAUUUCGCAAACGUACAUUGCCAAAUUGGCUGCAUUUAUUACCUCCUCGAAGAUGACGGGUAAUAUUGCCUCAUUGCACGACCUGGUCGAUCAGAAUAAAGUGCAAUUUGGCACGAUACGAGGCGGUGCGACAUCUGUUUAUUUUUCGGAAUCGAACGAUACCGAAAAUCGUAUGGCCUGGAACAAAAUGUUGUCGGUGAAACCGGAUGCCUUCACCAAGAAUAACGAAGAGGGUGUCGAUCGUGUUAAGCUGAGCCGCGGUACCUAUGCAUUCCUCAUGGAAACCACCAAUCUGCAAUACUAUGUGCAACGCAAUUGUGAGCUAACACAGAUCGGGGAGAGUUUCGGAGAGAAGCAUUACGGAAUUGCGGUGCCACUGAAUGCCAACUUUCGUUCGAAUCUAAGUGUGGGCAUUCUUAAGUUGAGCGAGCGGGGCGUGCUCUAUAAUCUGCGCAACAAAUGGUUCAAUGCGAACGACACGGUUUGUGAUAACAUGGGCUCGAGCAACGAUGAUGGUCAGUUCGACAUGGAUGCUGUCGGCGGCCUAUUUGUGGUGCUAAUUGUGGGCAUAUUUGUCUCUUUUCUGAUCGGCCUUGCCGAGUUCUUGUGGCGUGUGCAUCGCACUGCGGUCAAAGAGAGGGUGAAGCCCAUGGUGGCAUUGAAGGGUGAGCUUAACUUUCUCAUACGCGUCUGGCUGAGACGAAAACCGUUGCGCACCUAUCGUGAGAGCCGUGACUCCACAUCGACGGGCUACUCAUCCCUCGGACAAAUGUCCAGUACGUCCAGUGUGAAAAAGAAGAAGAAAUCAAAGAAGAGAUCGGAGUAGAAAGCACUGAACACGCUUGCAACAUUCAUUCAAAUAGCAUUUCUAAUUGUUUAAAUAUAAUAAAAUAUUUUUAGG